AUGGCGUACCGACCUCGUGACGACGACGUCUUCGUCGUCAGUUACCCGAAGUGCGGAAGCACGUGGCUUCAGCAAGUCGUCAACGCGGUCUUGAAAACCGACGAAUCAUCCAGGGAGCCGGCACAAGCGGGGAGACAGGAGUUGCCACUGUUCCUGGAUUUCGUGGGCGCCGAAGGGGCUCGCUCCAUGCCCCGACCUGCUUGCUUGAAGACUCACUUGCCGUACGGCAUGCAUCCGUACUCGCCGGAAGCCAAGUACAUCUACAUAACCCGGAACCCCUACGACUGCUGCGUGUCCUUCUACUACCACACAAGGCGACUUCCGACUUAUCGGUUCCAAGAGGGCACGUUCGACCAGUUCUUCGACUUGUUCGUGCAAGGCAAGGUUGACUACGGCGACUACUUCGACCACCUGCUUUCCUGGUACGCCCAUCGCGAUGACCCGAACUUGCUGUUCAUCACCUACGAGGAGCUCAAGAAGGGCACAGCGGGCUGGGUUCAGAAGAUAGCGGACUUCCUCGGCAAGGAACAGUACGGCGACCGGAUGCAACAGCACCCCGAGCUGUUGGAACACGUCUUGGCGUCAACCAGCGUUGGAAACAUGAAAUCAUUGAAUUCAAAGUUAAAGAAUUGGACCGCAGUAGUAGAGUCCGUGCCGGCAGAAGCCAGGGAAGAAUUGACGAAGUCAUUGAAGGACACCUUCGGUGACAUUUGGGACGUCCCGACCAAGGCAGACUUCAUCCGCAAGGGUCUCGUUGGCGACUGGAAGAUUCACUUUAGCCCGAAACAGAUAAGGAUAAUGAAGGAUCGUAUCGAGUCCAAGACUCGCGGCAGCGACGUCAUGGAACUUUGGAAGGAUGUAGGCCUCCCUUGA